AUGACAUUUAGAUACGGCAUCGACCACCUGGAGCCAGCAUUCGACGACCGCACCAUCCCCUACAUAACAUGGGGCCUGCGCUACGACGAAGCAACGGCGCACCACAUCGAGGCAACGCUGAAUGGCUCUCGGGUCUACAUAAUCGCAUCGGCAUCGCUGUCCAAAAACACAAACGCACUCAAACGGCUCGAAAAGGCCCUGGGCGACAAGGUCGUCGGCCUCCGGGUCGGCAUGACGCCGCACACGCAUUGGGACGAAGUCGUCGCCAUCGCCAAGGACGCCGCGCCCAAGAACCCGGACGUCAUUGUGACGCUGGGCGCGGGCUCGCUGACGGACGCGGCGAAAGUCAUUGCGUGGAUGCUCGCCAACGGGAUCACGGAUGCCGCCGGGCUGGAGCGACUCGUCGAGGUCAAAGCUGAGAAUCGCGAGGCCGCGGGCAUCAAAGACCCCGUCGUCCGCCACGUUGCGAUCCCGACAUCGCUGUCUGGCGGCGAGUAUCAGAGCAUCGCGGGCGUCACGCGUGACGACGGCAGUAAUCGCAAAUGCCUGUUUGAGCCGCCGACGCGCAACCCGAGUCUUGUGGUGCUGGACCCGGAGUUGACCACCACGACGCCCGAGCGCAUCUGGCUGAGUACGGGGGUCAGGGCCGUUGACCACUGCGUCGAGACGCUGUGUAGUCUGCUGUCGAACGAGAAGGGCGAUUCCGAGUCCGAGAAGGGCCUGUUGAGGCUCGUCCCCGCCCUGAUCCAGACCCAUCGCGACCCGGCGGAUCUGGCCGCGCGGUUUGAGACACAGAGGGGCGUCAUUCUCGCCAUGAGUGCCGUCGGGAGUGGUGUGCCGCUCGGCGCGAGCCAUGCUAUUGGACAUCAGCUUGGCCCGUUGGGUGUCGGACAUGGUGAAACCAGCUGUAUCAUGUUGCCAGCGGUGUGUAAAUGGAAUGCUAAGGUUGGCGCCAAUAAUGACAGACAAGCUUAUACGCGAAAAGUCCUGUUGCAGUCAUCGGUCGUUAGGGAGUUGGUGAAGGCGAAGCAUGGUGAUUAUGAUGCUGCGGUCGAGAAGCUCGAUCUGGGCGAUAUUCUCGAUCUAAUAUUUAGAGAGAUCGGGAUGCCCAGGUCUUUGAAGGACGUGGGGGUCGGAAGGGACAAAUUGGAUGUUUUGGCCGAGAACAGUCUUAAGGAUCAUUGGAUCCAGACAAAUGCAAAACCAAUCACAGAGAAAUCUGAUGUCCUAGAGAUACUAGAAAUGGUGGUUGAAUGA